AUGUCCAAGCCUUAUCAUCGCGUCGGAGUAGGCUGUGGCGGUGUCUUCGAGUUCCCUCUCUCAACAGAUGACGAUGAACCAAUCUACACCAUCGGCACAACAGGCUGCAAGUACUGCGUCGGAAUCUACGUUCCCCUGAGCGACACCAAAUGCUUCGCCGCACACAUCUUCGCCUGCUGCGACGACCCCGACGAUCACAACAUUCGAACAGCCAAACAUGGUUAUUGGGUUCCCAAUGGCACUGAGGGGACAGAGCUUAUCACGAAAGUUGGGGAGUUGCUGGAUGAACAUCUCGAUGACUGUCUCGAUGACGGUUACCUUUCGCCGGAACAGCUGACAGCCCUUGCGAGCCGAGCUAUCGUUGUAUGUCCAUGUCUGAAAAAGAAGGUCGAUGAUGUCGACGAGCAAGAAAUGGAUGCAUCCGGGGCGUACAUCCUCGAAGCCUUGAAUGCCUACUUCCACACCACCUUCACCGCCGAAAGCGCCCACGGCUUCGCAGUGAACCACAACACCGGCGAGUACGAUCUCUUCAGAUUCGCCGGAUCAGGAGGGGUUGUCGAAUUUGAGCCAGCGGGAGCAGAGGUAUUCGCGCCGUUGAGUGGGUUCAUGGCGUGGACAAUGUGGCAGCCUGGUGGGCUUGGGAGCUUCGGAACGGGUUAUAGAAGCUGA